AUGAUUCUUGUGUCAACUGCACUUGUGCUGAUUGCAGCCCCAGGUAUGGGCAUGUGCCAGAUGAUGCCGGGUCAAAUGCCCAUGAUGGGCAUGAACAUGUCUCCAGGUAUGUCAUCAGGUAUGCAGCCUAGUAUGUCAUCAGGCAUGUCGCCGAAUAUGUCUUCUGGGAUGUGUCAGGGUAUGUCAGGAGGCAUGAAUGGCAUGGGCAUGCCAUCUGGCAUGUCGCCAAAUAUGUCCUGUGGUAUGUCGCCAAAUAUGUCCAACAUGAAUAUGCCCAUGAUGGGUGGCAUGGGCAUGGCAAUGAUGCCCAAUCCAAUGAUGAUGAUGAUGGCAGGUGGUAUGGCAGCUGCGAAGCAAAAGAGCAAGAGUGCAUCACCAAAGCGAUCAUCCUCGCCCGUGGAGAGCGAUGAGAAGGUCGCUUCACCGUGCGAUUUCCUAGACCCGGAGGUUCGGAAACUGGGUGAUCACUUCAACAUUGAAGACCGAUGGCUUGUGCGCCUGGAUGAGCUCAUGAGAAGACGGAAGGACACCAAAGAUCAGGAUUUGGCCAAACUCUAUGAAGUCCUGGAGCAAGCCCGAAGUCCGACAGGACUUCUGGUGGCCAAGCUCGGUGAAAUGGAGUGCGGUCAGUUUGUUGGCAAGGUGAAGCCCGACCGCAACAUCGAGCGUUUGGCGACCAGGUACAACCUCGACACUCGAGUGGUGUCCCGGCUUACUGAGUUGAGGGUGAGGCGGAAGAAGACGCAGACAGAGGACUUCAACCGACUGGAACAGCAUCUCAGUCUUUGCAAGAGGCCCUCAGCCACUGCGACGCUUCUCAUUGGCAAAGUCCUGGAAGGGGAGCUGAAACAGAUUCCAGAUGUGACCACGGCCAAAGCGCUAGCACAGAGGUUCAAGUUGGACAAGGAUGCCAAGUCCAAACUGCGGGAGAUCGCCGAGAAGCGUGCGGAGGAUGUGGAGGAAGUCAUGGUGCACUUGGAGAAGACCCUCGCGAUGUCGCACCAGCCCUCCGCCACUCUGUGCAAGCUGGCCAAGACCCUCAUGGAUGGUGGCAAAAAGAGGAGUGCAGAUGAGAAAUAUGCCAACAAGUCAGACAGUGAUGCUGAAAGUCCUGUUGAAGAGAGGCCCAAGAGUCGAAGUGCUGCUCGGAGUGAGUGCAGCACCGACAGCAGCAGUAUUCGAAGAAGAAGAGCUGCCUUAGAUAGAAGAAGCAGAAGCAGGAGCAGAAAAGGAAAGGGCAAGCAGAAAGGCCAGAAGAAGAAGGACGCCGCGCGGGGCGCCCCCGCGGCGCCGAAGGCUCUGCCGGUGGCUGCGCCGGGGUCGGUGCAAGUGGGCGGUGGCUCUGGAGGUUGGACGGUUACCGAGUGGUAG